AUGCCCUCCUACUACGCCCCCGCCGGCUACCAGCGCCCGCGCUCGCACUCCAUGUCCUACAUGCCCUCGCCUGCCCCCGUGCAGCAGCCCCAGGUCUACUACUCCUACGGCAACCAGUACCCGCAGGCCGGGGCUGGCCAGCAGCAGUACUACCCCGCCGUGCACACCCCCACCGUGCACACCGUGAGCACGCCCUACAACAACAGCUACUCCCGCUCCCGCCGCGCGAGCACGAGCCAGUCCUACGGCUCCCCCAGCGGCCACCACCGCAGCCACUCGUCCUCGCACAGGCCCAGCAGCAGCUCGCACCGCCGCUCCCACUCCACGUCGCGCUCGCACUCGCACUCGCGGCACCACAGCCAGCCGCAGGUCAUCGUCGCCACCCCGAGCUACUCCUCGCAGCACCUCAGCCAGCCCGCGUACCACCACCGGCGAUACUCGUCCGGCGUCGAGCCGGGCUUGGGCGACCGCCUCCGCCGCAUGUUCGGCAUGCAGCCGUCGCCGCGCGCGCACUACAUCGACGCGCGCACCGGCCACAGCGUCGACUACAAGGGCCGGCCCAUCUACCACAUGUGA